CAGCAACUUCUGCCCGACAAGAAGCACGUCCCCGGAUUCAAAACCAGUCGUCCGUCGAGAGUGCCAGAGCCAGUACCCCGAGAGAAAUAAAAAAGUGCUUUUGGUCCACGUUGUUUUUCUUUGCUUUUCUCCUGACUGAUACUACGAGCGUUGAGCGAGGAGAGUGCGUCGUGUCUAAGCACCAUCCGACCUACAUGCUGCUAUUUGAUCAGGGACUAACUUGGACUACUGCUCUACCUUCCUUUCAUGACUUCAAAGAUGGACCAUGUUGUUGGAUGAAGUAGAAAAACAAGAAAAUACUCAAGCAAAAAAAUUUAGUCACGAUCCUUUGCAGGAAUCGCUAAAAUCAGGGUUCGCAAUCAAUAUCAAACUAACAUCAAAAAAAUGAUAGUGUGCAAAAGCGCAGCGUCGAGGUGUGGACAGCAAUUUCUGCGUCACACUGCGUCAGUCACAAACGGAACAACAACAUUGCUACCGAAUCGCGCCAACUACAUCUUCACGACUAGGACGAUCGCAGUCGGCGCUGAGGCGCCAGCACCAAGUAGGAGUACUUCCAGAAGGAGUUUCGCGUCCGCAUCAGCACCAGCAGCAGCGGCCGUCGAUGGUGACAUCGAUUACACCGAAGUAGAUCCGAUCAGAUCUGUUGCGCCUGGGAGACGGAGCGUUAGUCCUGACGCACAAGAAGAUGAAAUACCGUACCUAAGCAGUCAAGCUUCAGUAGUCAGCAGCUUUAAGCUUAAGCUUACACGUCGACGCUGCUUAUUGACCGUGAAACUUCACUGGAAAUCGAAAUGAAUAAAAACUGACUCCACGACGCAUUAAAAACAUUGAUUUCCUACAACGCAAAAUAACAACCAAACAGGCCAUGGAAGUCGUACAGCAGGAGCGACGGUCAACGUGGAGGUUAUUACAACAAAAAUGGCGGUGGUGGAUACAACAGUAACCAGCGUGGUGAUAACGGCUACUACAAUCGAGGCGGCGGAGGUGGAGGCUAUGGCAACAACUACAGUCGUGGCAAUUAUCAAAGAGGUGGCUACGGCAAGAACGGAGGUGGUGGAUAUAAUCCGGCGCAACGUGGAGGCUCAAGUAGAGGAAAUAACUUUGGAGGCAGGUAUUACCGCUGACACAAUGAAUUCGACGAUGAAAUUAUAUCUUCGUCUUUUCUGGAUGAUCUACUUCUAGUACCCGUGUGUAUUACCUACGUCAGACGUUGAAGACGAUGACUUAGACCUCCUCAUAUUUUAUUUUUUUUUAGACCUCCUGCUCCUUCUUCCAGAAAUAAUGUACCUCGUCUACCUCCUGCUGAACCAUCAUCCUUAAUACAACAGGGGAGGUUCUUUUUUCGGAGGUCAGCCUAAGAUCUUAGGGCCUGUCACUGGAGCAGAGACGAUAGAGUUUGGAAAGCAUAGUGGCAGGACGUACGAAGAGAUGGUUAUUGCAGAGAGCAACUACGUCGACUGGCUCAUCAAAAAUUGCUUUGAGGACGACAACGAUCGCCAACUAAACACAAAUCAACUACGGUUUGUGGUAAGAAGUUGAUAGACCAUGAUCAUGUCGUGAACUACUUAGUAAGUACUUGUUUUACCUCAUCUGCAAAAGUUGUGCUGCUCCUGGUUGAACAACGAAUAAAUAUCUUCACUGCUACAGAUUCUGUAUCCACCUCCUCCUGCUGCUUCAGGCUUACGCCCUGUGGGCUCGUCAGAAUCCAGAAAAGCUUGAUAUAAAACCGCAAGUCUACGAAGCUCCGAACAACUUUCUGGAAGGAAAAAGCGUGGCAUUCACUGGCUCCAGCCCAUUUCCGAAGGAGGCUAUACAGGAAUUGCUGCUGACCUUCGGUGCGACGAAAAUAGCUAACGCAGUGUCCAAAAAAACGGAUAUGCUCGUGCUUUUGCACGAAGAGAAAGAUGGACUUGGUACCGGGUUCAGUAUGUCGAACUUCUGAAUUUGAUUUCUUUUGCACUAGAGUCGAAAAACAAGGUAAUAUGAUCUUCAUUCAGUCGAUAUUUAAUAGGAGCACAUCAUAUAGGCAUUGACAUUGUUCUCACCCCCCUCUGAUUCUGAUGUACUCGUUAUAAUCACGACUACUUCCAGGUAAAAACAUCAAAGAAACCGCAAAGUACAAGUCGGCAACGGAGAAGGGAGUGCGGAUCGUAACUAUCACUGAAUUAUUUGCGGAAGCGGCCGCUGCAUCCGUUUCCUCAUCGAAAAAGACGGGUAAAACCAAGAUGAAACGUGUCGAGUUGAAGCCAGCAGGACCAGGAUGCAGUGCAAAUGCGGAUAAGGACAAGGAGGAAUCGAAAGCUACGAAGACUUCUACGAGGAAUAACAAGAAAGACUGAUCACUGUUAUUCAUUGGAAGAUAUAUACGUGAAUAUGUUGCUGCACUAGUAGUUCGUCAACGUCACACACUUGGAAUGUUGGUUUUGUUGAAAAGAAAAUGAUACUCGUUACUUUUUUGUACAGGAGACCACUAGCUCAAGCUCAGAAAUCGUUCCCAGCACAGCAGAGACUUGCAGAUAGGAAGCAACUUCGCUACAGCAUCAUUUAGCUUCUCGUUUCGCUUUUGUUAUCCUCCCUAAACUGUGUAUAGAUUUUGACUUCGCCUUUAAACAAGUCCUUGUUUUAGUGAUAGAUAAAUUCUAGUGCUGCUACCUAGCAGCUCCUUCCAAAUCUGCUCCCACGAACCUAUCUGUUUCGUUUGCCUGAGUUCUUCUGAUUACUUAUGGUGAAGUCCUCGCUGUUGUCUUGUUAGGUUCGAUAUGUAUCUCCAACCAAGAAACCGUUGACCAAAAUUAUCAGCUUAAAAUAUCAUGUGUGAGCAGCGAACGUGAAUUUGAGAUACAGACUCUAUUAUGUUGACGAUCCAUUAAUUAUCUGGCAACAACUGUUACUGGCGAGGCACAUCAUCACGUUGCGGAAGUAACCACCUUGCUGAGAUGAAGAUCAAGAUCCAAGAGGUGAAGACUGAUUGUGACUGCUUGGAGUACACCAAGCGCAAAUUUCUACCUGCGAUAUUCAUAUUACAUCACUACAGUCGAGAAAGCGGUGGCAGAAGCAAAACGGAG